CCCCGAAGCAAAUUUAGACGAACUGGGAAACAAGAAAAUGUUCCAACUCCAAUGCUCGAGUUAGAGAUCUGUCCUCCCUGAUCGCUUCUUCGGAUGGUUUCCGGUCAGUCUAAUAAGUGUUAGCUUGAAUCUUGGUAGAAGUUUGGUAAUUAUUUGCUAGUUAAGCGGCAUCAAUGGCUACUCCGAGAGGGAAUUCACCAUCCUUUCCUGCAUCUACUCAGAGGAGUGGGAGUGGGAGAAACAACAAAAGAAAGCCUGAAAAUUAUCCUCUAACCUAUGAACGAUACUUGCGGUUAAAAUAUGGUUUUCUUAAUAGUCAUGCCCGUAUCUGUGAUACAUGUAAGAGUCUUAUCUAUGGCUCUGUGGAGGAACACCAAAUCGACUAUACCUAUGACUCCAAUUCGAUUAGCCUCACAGAGACCCAACUUGCGGACAUGGUCUUAGGUCAUUUGGAUGUGAUCUACAGGAAAGUUAUAAAAGACCUCACUUCUAAUUAUGGCUAUCCUGAGGCCGAUGCAACCACUGCUGUAUUGGCCACCGGGAUUUGUUAUGGUUGUAAAGACCCCAUUGGUAAUGCUCUGAAGCAUGCAUUGACAUUUCUGAGGUGUGGAUUGAGGGUGGACAAACCUAAGAGGCAGAACGUUUCCCAGGAGUUGAAGACGUUGGUGAAGUUUGUUUCGAUGACCGUAUAUGAUGAGUGGAAGAAGAAGUAUCCCUAUUUAGAUAUAGAUGAUUUUUUGCUCUGGUUGCUAAUCUUCAGGAAGGACCCUUCUGAUGCAUCUAAGCUGGUUGAUUAUCCGUUCGGUAUUUUGGAAAAUCUUAAGGUUUCAAGCUGUUCAACUUGUCUCCAAGGGAAAGAGGAUUCUGCUUCCCAUAGUUCUACUAUUCAAUUUAUGCCCAUGGCUGGUAUCACUGAAGAUGAUGAGCCGGAUGCAUCAUCUCCUCACUCAGAGAAUGCUUCUAAACCCGAGUUAACCGCUGCGACAGGGAACCCCGGCUUGGCUUCCUGUAGAUUCAUUGCCAGGACACCUCUGAGUCUCCCAAAUUCUAAUUAUCCAAAUGCAGCAAAAGAGAAUCCAAUGUCAUCAUCUGAUUCUCUAAUUGACAAAUUAUCCUCCCUCACUGUAUCUGAAUCAUCUAUUCCAGAAGAGAAGUCAGUGUAUGCUAAUUCAAAAGAUGCUAAUAAUUCCAGGAGAGGUUUCACCCAUCGCCGCCGGGAGAGGAGACGCCAAGCUAGACUAAUAGGCAGGGAAAGAAAGGUUGUCAACUUGACAAACCUGGACUUGGAGAGCACAAAGAGCACCAUGCUAGAUUCAAAUUGCUCUUUGCCAAAUCCUGAUAUAAAAGUGGAGCUGGAAUCAUCGCAAUCAUCUGCGAGCAAAAACUUUUCUUUCGAUGCUGGAUCAUUUGCUAAUUCAUCAUUCAGCAUGAAUAUAGUGAACACCACUACAUCUCUUUCCCAUGCAACAAAUGUUGAUGCUUCUACAUCAAUACCAUCUAAAAGCAACAGUGAUGCCAGCUUCAAACCUGAUUAUAUUGUUGCCAGCAUCCCAUAUUUGCUGGAGAAGUUGCUCUCUCGUGUUAACGAUCUGCAACUCCAACUGGAGUACUGGAAAAAAUGGGCCCAUCACACGGUGUUGCAGGCUACAAAUAAACUGAACAAGUACAAGGCUGAGCUCCAAAGCCUAAGGCAGGAAAAACUGGAGGCAAGAAAGGAGAAGGCGGCUUUCGCAAGGAGUAUAAUGAAGAAAAUUGGAGAGAUGGACAAAGCAUUGUCGAGGGCAAGAACUGAGGUUAAAGAGGCUAGUGCUGCUGCAUCCAAGCUUGAAUUUGAGAAAAUUAGAGUGGAAGAAGAGCUGGAAGCUGCGAAGGUACGUGCUUCAAAGUCAGCAGCCAAGUAUCAGGAAGCUUUGUGGAAGGAGAUUGUAGCUCUUAAGAGGAGCCAGACGUGCGAAAGAGAGAGAACAUUGCCUCAAGAGGAGCUCGUGAGGGAGAAGCGCGUGCUGUCACAGCUGCAGAAGCAACUUCAACAAGCUCAGAUGUCUCAUGGCCAAGUUGAGACUAGAUGGAAACAAGAAGAAAGGCUGAAGUCAGAAGAACUCGCAAAGGCCCUCAAUGAAAGAAAAGAACAUGAGCAACUGGAGGCUUCAGUAAAAUCUAAGGACGAUAUGAUCAGAUUAAAGAACGAAAGAAAUAUGCAAAGUUGCAUAGAUGAUAUCAGGAAACUUCGGCGCCAGACUGCAGAAUUAAAGCUAAUGGUAGACUCUUCAAACUUUGCAAGGCAUGAUUGGGCCCAGAGUGCUUAUUUUACCACAGAUAAAAUGGGUUUCAAGGAAUCUGGAAUUAGAGAGGUACAGCGUGAUUGGGAGUGUGUGAUGUGCUUGGCCGAGGAGAUUUCAGUUGUUUUCCUUCCCUGCGCCCACCUAGUUCUUUGCGCAAAAUGCAAUGAAUUGCAUAAGAAGCAAGGCUUGGGAGAUUGCCCUUCUUGCAGGACCACCAUCAAGCAAAGGAUCUGCAUCCGCUUGGCAUAUAACAUCUGACCUUGGAGAAAUUAAAUAAAUGUUGGAGCCAUGAUAUCUUGCAAGAAAGUGAAUUAAUGUGCCGAGCGUUUUAUCUUGAGUGGUUAAACAAUCUGUUUGAAUGGGAGAGGAGGGGUGAGAAGCCCCACCACAAUUCUAUCCAUAUAUUAUGGUGUGUGUUUAGACAAUAUUCAAA